AUGGAAAAUAUCAUAGAGUCUGGAAGUCAACCUUCUAAAUCUUCAAUUAAUGGGUCUACAGUGGUGGAAGCCCAAACUGUUGACACAAAUAAUCAACAGAAUGUGCAACCUACUACUGCAGUUCCUGAGAAAAAGAGGAAGAUUGUUGAGUCCAGAUCACUAGUGUGGGAUCAUUACGAAAAAAUUAAGGAUAGAUGGUGUUACUAUCAAAGUUGUCUGAAAAACCCCCACUCUAAAGACACUAGACAAUCACUGUUAACCUUUCAAGCUAUUACAAAUUCUGAUGCAUCUCCUGCUACUGUUGGUGAGUUAAGAACUUGGGUCUUUAACCAGGAAGCUAUUAGGAGGGCCUUGGUUGAAAUGAUUAUAAUAGAUGAACUGUCUUUUAGAUUUGUGGAGGGUCCAGGGUUUAGGAAGUUCAUUCUGGUGGCUUGUCCUAGGUUUAAGAUUCCAUCAAGAUGGACAAUUAGUAGGGACAUCAAUCUGAUUUAUGAAGAGGAAAGAUUGAAGUUGAAAUGUGUUUUUAGGGGGAACACUCAAAGAGGCGAGUCUGUUGCAAAAGUCCUUGAAACCUGUUUACUUGAUUGGGGGAUUAGGAAUGUGUAUAGUAUAAGAGUAGACAAUGCUUCAUCUAACGACACUGCUAUAGGUUUUUUAAAAAAGAAAUUGAUGUCUUGGGGAACAUCUACUGUGAAGGGCAAGUAUAUUCACAUGAGAUGUAUUGCCCAUAUUCUGAACCUUGUUGUCCAAGAUGGCCUGAAACAAUGUGAUGCUUCUGUGAAGAAGGUAAGGGAGGCUGUAAGAUAUGUGAGGAGUUCACCUGCUAGAGUUAAGAAAUUUAGGGACUUGGCUGAGUGGAAUGGGAUUGAACAAAAAUCUUCUUUGUGUCUAGAUGUUCCAACCAGAUGGAACUCUACAUAUCUUAUGUUACAAUCUACAAUUACAUAUGAGAAAGUGUUUGAGUCACUUGAAGAAAGUGAUAGUUCCUUCAAAUCAGAUUUGUCUGAUUCUGUUCCUAAUUUUCUUGAUUGGGAGUCUGUGAAGAGUUUGGUGGAGAUCUUGAAAUGUUUUUAUGAUAUGACAAUAAGAAUUCCUGGUUCUUUAUAUGUCACUUCUAACACUUUCUUUUCUGAAAUUUUUGAUUUAUACUGCCUCUUGAAUGACAUGGUGGAAGCUGGAGGGUCUGUGAAACUGAUGGGAGAAAAUAUGAAGGCUAAAUUUGAGAAAUAUUGGGGGGAUAUAGAUAAAAUGAACUUGAUGGUAUUCUUUGCAAACAUUCUAGACUCCAGUGACAAGUUAGAGUACAUGGCAACACAGAUGAAUCACAUGUAUGGUGAGGUAAAAGGUAAACCCUACUAUGAGAAAGUGAUUGCAGCCUUGAAAGAGUUGUUUAAUGAUUAUGCCGCCUCUACUCCUGCUUCUUCCACUACUGGUUCUGUCAGUACUCCUACUGGUUUUUCACAGUCUACAGUUGGGAGGCCCCAACAUUUGUUAAAGUCACAGAUUAAGAAACAAAGAUUGGAGAGUGGGGAAUGA